UUUAUUAAGUUAAAUAUUGUUUAGUGUGUUGAAUUUGAACAAUGCCGCGCGAGAAAGAUCCAGUGUGGUCAUUCUUUAGUUGCACGAAGACAAAAAAUACUGGGUUAUGGGCUCGGUGCAAAAAAUGUGACAAAGAGAUGCAAGGAAUACUAAAUAGAAUGAAAUCUCACGUAAAAGUAUGUCAGCCGCAAGUACACAUAGCAGAACCAGAUCCACAGCCAUCAUUGCCAUCAACCAGUUCCAGUUCAGUUCAGUCUCAGUCACAUCUGACUGGGCAAAACACAGGCAAAACAAUAGAAGCUAGUGAAGAAACUGGAAGUAGCCGAAAGCAGUUAUCUACACAAUCGAAAAUACUAUGUCUUAAAAAUUCCGAAGUCAUAACAACAACCAAGGAAUAUAAGCAAAAAAUUGAUAUGCAGGUCGGAAAAUACUUUUACGCGACUAACACUCCAUUCAAUCAUGUUGAACACGAAGAGUUUAAAAAAUUAUGCGCCCUUUUACGUCCUGGGUAUAGACCUCCAUCAGCAUAUGAAAUAGGCAAUCCCAUAUUAGAAAAAAAUUAUGCUGAGACAAUGACUAUAUGUAAAGAAAAACUUACGAAUCAAACAGUUUGCAUGUCUCAGGAUGGCUGGAGCAAUGUUCAUACUGAACCUCUGGUUUGCAGCAACAUUGUUACUGCUCAAGGCGACUCAAUUUUUGUUGAUUGUGCGGAUACAAAAGAAAAUCCACACACAGCUCUUAAUUUGAAGGACAUCGCACUAAAAUCAAUCGCUAAAGCUAAGCAGGAAUUAGGCGUUACUGUUAGAAGUUUUGUCACAGACAGUGCUGCUAAUGAGCGAUUAAUGCGGAGUCAUCUUGAGAAAACUGAAGACGUGGACAUAAUACAAUAUGGAUGUUCAGCUCACAUCUUAAAUCUACUGGCUAAAGAUUUGGAGAUCCCUGCCGUUACCGCAUCGAUAAUGAAAGUAAUAAAAUACUUUCGCAACCAUCACAUUCCAGCAGCUCUAUACAAACAAGCAGGUGGUAAAAAGUUAGUCCUCCCUCUAGAAGUACGUUGGAACACGAUGAACGACGCUAUUCGCUCGUAUCUGGAUAACAGAGGAAUUUUAGUUCAAGUUAGCCAAGACCAUAAAGACAAAAUCGAUAGGGAGGUUAUAAAAAUUGUGAAUGACUGUCAGAUUACAAUGAAUGCUGUAGAUUUCUUAAAACAUUGUCACCCAUUGCAACAGCUCUCGACAGGAUGCAACGUAAUACUACCACAAUAG